CGUUCCUCACACACUCUUUUCAUCUACCACCACCCCUCCAUUGUCGCCGCCGGCACCUCAAGCCUAUUGAGGUCGUAAGUACUCGCGAUGGCCCAGCAAAAUGCUCACAAAGUCAAGAUUGCAGCAAGACUCCGGCCGAGGCUCAAGGGAGAGCUCCAAGAUGAGGGAGUUUGGAUCGAGCGCUCCGACGACACGAGCGCAGGCGCAGCGUCUUCGAUAUGCGUCACAAACCCAAGAGAUGCCCACCAGGUCUUUCGGUUCCCCUUUACCUCGUGCUACGAUGAAGAGUCUACCCAGGAGGAGAUCUUCGAGAACGAUGUUCAACCUAUGAUAGAUGUCGUUUUUAGUGGUGUGACGGUUACUAUCUUUGCGUAUGGCGUUACAUCUUCCGGAAAGACGCACACAAUGCAGGGCAUCAGAGACGCCCCGGGAGUCAUUCCCCGAGUAGUCCGAGCCCUUUUCGAGCAAAAGGAAUUUGUAGAAGCUCACGACGACGUCUCGCUCUCUAUUUCCUACAUGGAGAUAUACAAAGACGAGUGUUACGACUUACUUGUUGAUCGCGACACGGCACCCAAACUCCCUGUCAGGGAGAAUGAUGUCGGUCAGGUUUUCGUUGCGAAUCUCUCGCAAAUCCCGAUUGACAGCGCGGAGGAGUUCGAUAACCUGUAUUCAAUCGCGAACAAGCAACGCUCAGUUGGUGCCACGCUGUUGAACAGGGCUUCCUCUCGCUCGCACGCAAUCGUGACAUUACACGUCAAGAUGCUCAACUCAGCAGAGAACAAGACCGUCAUGGGCAAGAUCAACCUGGUGGAUCUUGCGGGCUCGGAGAAUAACAAGCUCACAGGCAACGAUCCUUCACGCAUGGCAGAGUCGUCCGCGAUCAACAAAUCUCUGAGUGUUCUUGGCCAAGUCGUACAUGCGUUGAAUCAAGGAGCGACACGGAUACCAUACCGCAACUCGAAACUCACCCGAAUCUUGCAAGAUGCGCUCGGAGGAACCUCUGUCGGACUUCUCAUCUGUAAUUUGGCGCCAGGGCCGAAGUUCAGACAGGACACGCUCAACACGCUCAACUUUGCGGUUCGGACGAAGAACGUGGAGAAUAAACCUGUCGUCAACGAACGAGAUAAUCGCCCGGUCCCGAAACCUCACUUCGCCGCUGUAACCUCCCAUGUCGCCCCCUCCAAACCCGCCAAUCUGCCCUCGACCUCUGCGGGAUCCCUUGGUCCCCGUCGUUCAUUCGUCGCCCAUGGCCCCCGUCAUUCACUAGCCGGCCCCCGCGCUUCGAUUGGCGGACUCCACGGGCCUCGUCCUUCGGUUGGGGGACUCCGUGGUCACGGUCCCCGCCCAUCCCUGCUCCCGACUGCCCUUGUCAGUUCUUCUCGCGUGCCCAGGGCCUCUCUAGUCCCUGCGGCUUGGGGUGUGCCCGCGGGUACGUCGAGGGUUCCGAGGGCGAGUAAUAUCGGGUUGGGCCAUGGAGUUGGGGGAGCGAAUCGGAGGAGAAGCAGUGGGUUUGGUUUCGCCGGGUCGGUAGGGAAUGCAGGAACACAGGCGCUCAGUGGUAUGGCUGGACUGUCGGAGAAGGAGAUCAAUGAGAAGAUUUCUAAAUUGGUUGAGCUUGAGGUGGCUCGUAGGAUGGAGGAGAAGGAGAAAGAGAGGCUGAGAGAUGAAGAGGCUCGUGCAAAGGCCGCGGCUCAAGAGGCAGAUUGUUCUCGCGGACAGUCUCGAUCUAUGGCCUUGACACCAGAGCGCUCGCAAGUGAGCUUGCCAUCUGGGCUGUUGACUCCGCUCUUGAAGCGUCACCAAGACCUCGACGCGGAACUCCGCAAUAGAUUGAAGGAGCUCGAGAGAAAGGUUGAGCGGGGAAACACAGACAUGGAGUUCGCGGGCGGCCUUUCGCCCGUGUCUCGGAAGAAAACCGGACGGGCUUAUGUCGCUCUGGCCAGGCAGCACUCUGAGAAAGGUGAUCUUCAAGUGGCGCUCGACCUGUUCCGCAAGGCAGAGACCUAUGUCCCGGACAACAUUAAACUGAAAGAGAGCUCUCCCUCUCCCUCUCCCACGCCCCCGCCCCCCUCUCCAUUUCCACAACCCCCAAUCAACCCCCGCGCUCCUCCUCUCGCACUCGCGUUUCUCGUCGCGCUUCUACCUCUCGUAAAAAGCCGACCUGAUGUUCUAACUAUCACCCUCUUUUGAUUCCUAUUCCAUUCUAUAUUCAUUAUCAUCGCUCCUUUAACC